CCUGGAAGGGCGACCCAGCAGCCGUUGCCCACGGCUUCCGCGGGGCGCAUUUGCUUGGCUCAAGAGAUGACUCUUGCAGGUGGAUGUUGAGAUGGGGAACUUUUGUGCUUCCCGCACUGAUCCAGAAGAGUCACGGCGGCAGUAUGAGAAGUACACCUUCCUCCGGCAGCAGAUCGUCGCCAAACUCAGCGAUGAGGUCCUGGCCAAUGAGUGCGGACAUUUGUACGCUGAGGAGUGUCGAAGACGGAGAGUGCAAGUGCUGUCCAAAGCAAAUUGGGAGGAGGUGUGCCUGCCCUUCAUAGCCCGUGUCUCUUGCAACGACCCCCAGACGCAGGAACGCAUUUGGCAAGCGGUCGAGGAGCUCUAUCCAGGUCCUCCCGACCGGAGCGUGAGUGAGGCCACUUUUGUGGAGUUUCAUCGCUUGGUGCUCACAUUGGCAGAGGAAGAGUUACGCCUUCGCAUCGCCAAAGUGAAGGACAAAUACGGUGGCGCGCCGCCGCCGGUCACGCAGAACAUCGACUGGAUGUCGGAACUGCUGGGAAACAACAAGGAGCGAGAGGACCUGGAACCCCUUCAGAUCACUCCGAGAAACACUGCUGUGUCAAAUGCCAGGAUAUCUCAGAGCGACGGCCUGGCCCCCAACAGCCUGUCGCCAAAACCAGAGGUGAGUCGUAGCUUGAGCCCUGCGGCCAACAGGACGGCCAAUGUUUCGCUGCCCACCGCAUGCUCAACUCAUUCGUCUCCACGAAUCUCAGUACAAUCUUCUCCCCGCUUCCGAGUCGACGAGACGCUGGGCUCCCGAUUGACGCUGAGUUCGGACUUGAGAUCACAGGAUGCCGACUGCGAAGCAGUGGGGAGCCAGAUCUCCUACGUCCUCAAAGAGCCCCGGCCGGAGCUUGCACAGGAUACACGCUUGAAAGACAGCCGGGGCUCUUUGAUGUCCGAGGCGUCCUCCUUGGAACGCCGCCGGGCGCGGGAUCAAGAGCAGGUUGCCGAGAUGAGAAGCAGCAUCUUGCGGGGCCAGCUGGAGGUCAUGAUCUUCAACAAGCGUUUGCAGCCGGAAGCUCGCAGGCUCGGAUUGAAUCCCGGACGCAUGCAAAUCCUGAGAGCAGAUGGUUCCUGCGAAGACUCCUGGGACGUGAAGCAGCUCCAGUGCAUCUCUUUCGGUAUCGCCAGCAACAUCGUCCCAAAGCCUCCGCCGGCCGAGAAGACGUUGUCAUUCCGCUUCCACUUUCAGCAAUAUGGCAGUGAGGCCAGAUACCUUUGUGCAAUGUUCAAUGAUGGCACGACGUGUCGCUUCGCUGCGGCCGCCUUUAGCCAAUUGUGCGGAGUACCCGUUACUACUUCAGAACCUUUUUCUCAAAUAUAGAUUAAGAA